AUGGGCAGCGUUUCGCAAAUCAAACAGAACUCCGCGAUCGUUUUCAUCGACCGAGAAGCCAUUCACCUUGCCAGAGACUUCGGGUACGUUUGCGAGACCGAAUUCCCCGCGAAGCAAGUCGCCGAGUACCUCAGUCGGCAGCACUGCGAGCCGCAAGACUCCUACAGGAGGAAAGAACUUCUUCAUGCCACCAAACAAAUCACCAAAGAGCUGAUGGAUCUUCUGAACCAGGACAGAUCGCCGCUCUGCAAUACGCGGCCGCAACAUAUCCUCGACCCCAGUAUACAGAGACAUCUCACCCAUUUCUCUCUCAUAUCACACGGAUUCGGAAGUCCUGCGAUCGUGGCCGCUUUAACGGCUAUACAGAAGUUCCUAAGCGAGUCUUUGAAUCAUCUGGAGAAGAUAUACCCCGGGAACGGCAGCGGCGUGACGAGCAGUCAGCAAUCGAAUCUCGACUCGAACAAGAGUAAGGACAAUGCGCUGAUGAACGACAUGAAGAAGUGACGCACAGAAGACCCGCCUACCUCGAACGUGGUCACGUCUAUCAGGCAUUCCUGGCCGUACAACUGAGCUUCCGUGCGCCCAUCGCUCUUGCGGAAAGCUCGCAGUGGACCACUGGAAAACGCGUACGCGUACGCGUGCUCGCGGGCGCGUCGCACUCGCUGCUGGCACUCGCGUGCGACGCGCCCGCCGCCGUACGCCGAGGUUGGCUGGUCGUAUGCUUCCGUAGACAAUUCGACACGCAGGGCUGCGUGAUACGUGCGAAAAAUGUGCAAUCAGGGAUAGUCGAUGAAUAGGAAACGGGAGGAGAGGAAAAUUCUCAUUAGCUGAGCCCCGGGAAGCCGAGUACCGUGGGGCUCGAACUCUUUGUCGCUGGUCGCCUUUGGUAUAGAUUCUAUUUGUUUUGUACGUUAUCCUGAAAAUGUCGAAGAACGUCUCGGAGAGCCUACGAAACUCUUUGGGACCUUCCCUCGUUGACCUGCAGCUGCGCGAUUAAAUUAUUAUCGGUCUUACAGAAAAAUAUCAAUAAUUUUUUAGUAAGCAGUGAAUAUACGUUUGUUUUAAGUAUGCAUCACCUCUGUGGAACAGAAAGAAUCAAAUUUUACAUAUCUUAUGGAUGUCCAAUAAAUAUUCUUGAACAUUCAAAAAAAAAUAGUACGCAAUCUUUAAAGUGCAUGCGUUUAAUGCAUUUUAUAAUUGAUGAUUCUCGAUUUUUCUCUUUCAGAAAUGUUAUACAUUAAGGUUUUGAUAUAUCAUUUGCGUUUAUAAGAAACUUGUUGCAGGAAAAUAGAUAUUUGAGAAUAUCUACUGGAUAUUUGUACCGUAUGGAAAUACAUUGAGGCUGUAUAAUUUUGCAUGCAGAUCUUAAAAAAAAAGUAUCGUUUCAAAACUGUUAUCUAAAUUAGGUACCACAAUCGUACUUGGAGUAAACAUUAAAAAUAUAAAUAAUUCUAAUUUAUCGUCUUUUUAAAGACGUUCCAAUACCUUCCGAGGUAUUGGAACAAUCGAAGGAAGCAGCCGCGACUUUUUACAAGCGCUUGUACAAUCCGCCUUUUAUCCCACCGAUGAUUCGCCGCAAACAUGACAGAUCGAAUUUCUUAAAAAGCUGCGACUUGAUAAUGCGUAAAUCACAUCCGUCACGUCAAGUAAUCAUUUCGCACACUUUUGAACAUGCCGUUGAAAUUUUCUGUACCGAAAAGAAAGGCUAAUCAAGUUCGUUAAAAGGAUAACCGACUAUAACGAAAGUGGUCAUCUUUUAAUUUAGCUCUUCGUCUUUAUCGCACAAAUUUAACCAAUUUUACUACAUAAAUAAUAUGAAUAGAAUUCUUCGUCCUUAUUCGAUUAGUAAAUUCAAAACAAUAGCCAGUACAGAAACCGUAAAACGGCAAGUAACGAGUGUGAUAAAAAGUGCGACGGAUAUGGAAAUACAAGAUCCUAUUUGAUUCAUUUGUGCCGUUAUUCUCAGUUUUUUUUAUUGAAAAUUUCACGCAAGAAACUUGUGAUUUGUGGAGAGAUCAGAUAAGAAUAAUUUCGCGAAAUAUUUAUAAUAGUCGGAAAAUGCGAGAAAUUUUUAGUGCAAUUAAUAAUAUUAACAAGAAAUUAUUAUUAGUAUUACAUUUAUCUCCUGCAACUUGCAAUCCAAUCAUCUACGAUUUAUAAUUAUUAAUACGCAACCCGCAAGAAAGAGAUAACAUUUGCAGAUAGUUUUAAAUUAUAAACACACUUAUUAAUUAAGAAAGGUGAAAGGACAAAACCAAUUAAAAUUUACUUUUUUGACUCUCUUUUAAUGUACAUUUUGGAUCGUUAUAUGAUUUAUGGAAUAAUUAGAGAUAAUUUUCUUACUUAUUAGUAAAGCUGUGCUUCCAUCAAUGAGACUUACCUGGACUAGCAAUUCUUUAUGUGUAAUCAGAAGCGGUCGUGCAUGAAUAUCGAGGUGCGACUUGGUCCUCGGUAUAGUCACCUCUACUGAUAUUAAUGGGACGUCGUGCGAUUAGUCACAAGCAAGGAUAUUCUGCCUUUCGUAGGUGCACACUCGCGUGAUAGUCAGGAACAACGUUAAGUCCAGGGAAUCGCCAAAAUUAAAGUCCUUCCGACGAGAUCGUGCACGCUUCCACCUGAACGUUUUGUCGGGAAAUAAAUAACGUCGUUUAAAAAGUCAACAUAUUAUUAGCAAAUUUUUCCACAAUAUUUUUAUGCGUUUGUGAAAGAAAGUUCGUUGUUAAUCGUCAGAGAAAGACUCAUUAUUAUCGUUAAAAAACAACCAUCAGCGUCAUGCUUCUCGUCUCAGCGAUUGAAUUCUCCUCCGAAGAGACUGCACUCAAGGCUAUUCCCCAGGGCCAUUAUCGUGCCAAUGCGAAACUUGCCAUUAAAAAAGAUGUGCCAAUUAUCGAUAUCGAGUUAUUAAACGUAAGCGACUGGCGACUAAGGAAACCGGACGCAGAGGAAAAGCGGUAGCGGCGCAACGAAAAAGCGCUUCCUCGAGCACGCGCGCGACGAAACGGAAGUCUCCUCGGGAGCGACGCGCAAACACGCUCGUCGGCCGCAUUUCGCCGUCGUGACUCGCCAGUCACGAGAAAUUGUAUCAAGUACAAUACCAGGUGAACCUGAGACAUAUCUAACUUUGUAAUUAAAUCUUAGGCGUAUAUAUAAAUAUAUAUAUAAAUAUAUAUAAAUGUAAGAUUAAAAAUA